GGCUAAAAGUAAACCAAAUGCGUGUAUUGAUCACUAUUUUCAAAUCUGUGGCACAGAUGUUUUAAUUUCAAAAGAUGUAAACAAAUAAAACCCCAUGUUGUUUUAAUGGGAAAAGUUUUAUUCUGUUGUGAAUUUAUGGUAAAAAAAUAAGAAAAAUAAAUAGUUUUCCCUCAAAAUUCACGUCAAGACCUUUAAAAUAAGACCCCUCCCAUCCUUCUACGGCCAUCCAGUCACUCACAAUUUCUUUACAAAAAUUUGACUUACGGAAUUAUAUAUAUAGAUACAAGUCAUAGCCAAUGCGAAAAGAGUAAAACAAUUAGGGUUGAAAACCAUGGUUUUUAUAAUGUCAGAUAACCUCACUUUGGUUAGAGAACCUGUUGCCGGCAACUGUCAAAAUCAACGGGAUUGUAGGUUAUGUUGACUACGGAUUGAAAAGAUUCUGGCUUAAUUGGAUCGAAGUGGACAGGUGUUUGAUUGAUUAUUUAUUUUCAGCAAUGUGUCAAAAAUUAUGUUUGCUGAAAAAUUGCGUUGGUCAUUGAGGAUUUCAGAUGGGUUGGACUUGGUGUUGCUGUAUAUGUGAAAUUGUUCAAUUAUAUCCAACAUAUAAUUAAUCCAACAUUGACUAUGACUUGUAUUGUCUUAAAUGUUGUGAAACUUUCUACAAAACCCAACGGGUGGAUUCUAUUUUAGAAAAAUUUGGUCUACUAGAUUCCGACUGAUGAUGGACCUUCGGGCCCGAAAUUAAUUUCGGAUCAAAAAACAGGAUUGCUAAGAUAUAAAAAUGUGAAACAAAAUAACCAAGACAACACCAUGAGACAAAAGGCUAAAAACAAGUCAGAAGGUGUUGCCCAUCAGCAUCCCUAAGUCAAUUGUAAGCACGUUUCUAACCGAACCAUUAAUUUAUUUCACUAACAAAAUCCAUAGUGUUAGCAAUUAUAUACACCACAUACAUAGCCUGCUAGAAAUCGCCAGAAUUGUUCAAGACAACAUUUAAAAAAUGGAUGAUUCACAAAUACCAUGUCAUGUAAAUUACUGGCUUACAGAAGCAGAACAUGACUGUUUUUUUGUCCUAGGCUGUGAUGGUAGCCCAGAGGAGAGAAUUGGAGCUAUUAGAGUCUUUCUAAUGGGUUACAGUAAACCUUUAAGGGCUAUGUUGGGGAAUGGUGGAAUGGCUGAAAAAGGCGAUAUCCGAGUGAACGAUGUAGAACCAGAUACAUUCAGAAACUUUUUAAAGUGCAUUUAUGGAGCAAGUCAUCUGGUAAUACCUGAGCUUACUUUUGAGGAAAAGGCUAAACUUCUCUAUGUUUAUGAAAAGUACUUGGUAGAUGAUUUGAAGGAUGAAUUGAUUGAAGAUAUGGAAGAAUCGUUUUCAUUUGUGAACAUGUUUGUUGCUCUUUCCCACCCAGUCUGUCGUGUAACACCAAGUCUUAAGAGAAAAAUGUAUUCAAUUGUGAAGUUCAAUCUAGAAAGAUUAGUAAGUGAUGAUAGAUUUUUGGAGGUGAAUAAGAGUGGAAUAAAGUGGAUACUGCAGUUGGACUAUAUUCCAGUCGAAGAAAUCGAACUGUGGCAUGCAGUUUUGAAAUGGGCCAAAUUCAAAUCAGAUUCAGUGGAAGGAAACGUUCUUCGGCAGUACAUAUUUGACCUUUUAAAACACAUCCGUUUUUUGACAAUGAAACACAAUGAAUUUUGGGACGGGGUUGUUUCUACAGAAAUUCUUAAUAAAGAAGAAAUAAGUGCCAUUUGCCAAUCGUUUGUAUCAAGUAAACCUCAUGACAUUGAUUAUUUGAGUACAAUUAUGGAAAAUCGCUAUGAUAGAUAUCCUGUAUCUGAAUGUACAAAGGGUUGGCGCAAUGAACAUCCUCAGUAUCUUAGCACGCCUCAUUCUGCACAACUUUACUUCUCUGUUAGUUUGACAAACCUUGAACAGAAGCAGGGGAAGUUACAAUAUUCUCAAUCUUAUCCCUGGGCUGGGCAUUUUUGGUACCUCUAUGUUGCUAAACGUGAGGUUGAACAGAAUGACUAUUUACAAGUAUUUAUUGGUUGUCAAGGAAAAACUGAAGAAUUUAACUGUAGUGUUCAUGUUAAGAUACGUCUCAUAAAUCAGUAUGGAAAAUCUGAUGAAACCUACAAUUUUACUACUAUUUUUAGUAUGACAAAUAGUAGUAGGGGAUAUAGAAAGUUUUAUAAUUGGGAAGCUUUACUCAAUGAAGAUAAAGGAUUUGUUAAUGAUGGCAGUGUUGUUAUAGCUGUUGAAAUAGGCUUAGACAAGUCCGACUAAGUAGGGCAAGAUGAUUGAAUCCAAUGGCCAUGUUACGUUUAGUUGGAGAAUACACAGGUUUAUGAAAACAAAUUAACAUCUAUUCCCUUACUCUAUAUAUUUUCCUGAUUUCAUACCAUUCCAUUUAAUAGAGUCUAAAUUUUUAUUUUUGCAACAACCUAGGUUUAUCAACCUUAGCAAACCUAAUAAGGUUUAGCAAACCUGAAUAAUGCUAAUCUUUGCUCCAUACAUAUCAUUGAAUUGUGACAAUAUUUUAAUUAUUGAUUGAUCCAAUACUUUAUAACAGUGUUUUAUUUUAUAUAAUGUAUUGGUAUAUACAGUUUAUCUUACAUUACUGUUUAAAGCUAACAUGACUGUCUAUGAUGUGUGAACAAAACACAGAGAUAAAUUUUGUUAGAUAUAAAAGGUAUCAGUAAACCAAAAUGAUUUGUUAAAUGAGUUAGUUGUUCUAAGUACUUCAUUCAAACUUUAUUGUUGUAAAAAAGUUUAACUAUUUAGUCAUACUUUUUUUGUGUAAUAAAAUAAUACUUAAUCAUUGUAAUUUUGCAUUUUUUCCAUUUUCCAUUUUAGUUUGUAUCUUAUG